CCACGGCAGUGGCACUUUCUCACGCGCGCCCCUUGGGGCAACAUACUCCAUCACACGCCGCGCUGGGACACCUUGGUGUGAUAACUGAACUGAUCUGAUCAUUCAGUUUCAUCAGCCGUUUGGUGGAGGAGAGUGUAUUGGAACUGAACAGAGUUUUAGAGUUCAAGACGGAGUGAGAAUGGGAGGGAGCGCCUCUCAGGAGAUGAAAGGGAACACGGGAAACAAGGCUGCGCAGGAUAACAGUCAUGACACGCCAGAAGACCGCCUCUACCAGGAGCAGGAGGUGGACGGCGACGGCAGUGUGACCCAAGUCAGCACCUUUGAAGAGCUGAUGGGCUAUGUUGGCACUCGUGGGCGGUGGAAUAUUGUUAUUAUUACCAUAUGUGCUCUGGGAAAUAUUGCUUCCCCAACCAGUUCCAUGACUUACCAAUUCCUGGGCGCCACUCCUGACCACUGGUGCUCUGUACAGCCACUGCUCGACGCUAACUGGACUGACGAACAAAUAAUUUCUCUCGCAAUUCCCAUAAACAAUGCCACGGGAAAGUAUGAAGAAUGUGUGAUGAGGGACUAUGACUACAAUGCUGCUGCUGCACUGGGCUAUGAAGCUGCCAUGGCCAACCUCUCUGUGGCAGUGACGGACACGCAAGCUGUCAUUGCUUGUCCUGCUCGAACCUUUAACCACAGUCAGCACGCGGCGACCACCGUCACUGAGUGGGACUUGGUGUGUGAUCGACGGUACCUGUACUCCACCACGCAGGCAGCGACCUUCGUGGGCAGCCUCUUAGGAAGCCUUUCCUCAAGCCACCUUUUUGAUAUGAUUGGGCGGCGGCGCGGCGUGCUCCUGUCCUGCGUGCUGAACGUGGUCUUCAGCUUCCUCAGUGCAGCUGCUCCCUAUGUCAGUAUUUUCAUACUGCUGAAACUACUCAUAGAAAUUUGUCAAGUGUCUAUUUAUAUUGGCGGCUUUGUAUUAGCCAUGGAAAUAUGUGAUGAGUUCCAGAGGAACCAUAUGGGCGCCCUCUACCUGCUGCCAUGGGCCCUUGGCUGCAUGUUGAUGCCUGGCAUCGCCUACCUGAUCAGACCCUGGCGGUGGCAGCAGAUCGCUCACUCUGUCCUGUGCUGCAUCACACUCCUCUACUGGUUGUUGCCCGAGUCUCCUCGCUGGCUAAUCUUCAAGGGUCGCCAUGCCAAGGCUCUCACAGUACUCAGGGCAGCAGCCAGAGUUAACCAGCGGACACUGCCGUCGGAGGAAGUGCUUUUUGCUGCAAUGAGGAACAUCAUGCUUAAGGAAGGUAACCCAGAGCAAGAAAAGCGCUGCUCUACUCAGCGAGCAGGUGUGCGUCACCACGCCAUGGCAGCCUGGAGACACCUAUCGCUGGUGCUAACCACGCGAGGACUGAGGCUGCGGGCCUUGCUGCUGUACUACAUUUGGGGCGUCACCAUUGCUCCUUACUACUCCCUCAGCCACUUCUCUAGCAUCAUUAAUACAAACGUCUACAUGUACAGCUUCCUGUCAGGGUUGGUGGAGGUGCCUGCCUACUUGGGGAUGUGGCCGGCCAUCACCUACCUGGGCAGGAGAGUGACACUCGCAGUGCUUUUACUGUUCACUGGACUCUCCGUUUUUGUUGUAACAAUUUUCAUGAUACUCCAGUAUGAAGUGCCCGCCGAGCUAAAGAUGUUCCUUUCCUUGAGCGGCAAGAUGGCCAUCACAGCAUGCAUGCACCUUGUGUGGGUGUUCACAGGCGAGCUGUUCUCCACCAAACACAGGAUGCGCAUUAUUGGGGAGGCCAGCAUGGUUGCGAGGGUUGGCUCUAUAAUGGUUCCUUACAUCAACGACCUUCUGGGCCGUGUGUACCCGUGGGCCCCCGGUGUGAUGCUGAGCGUGGCAGUGACCAUAUCCUCGAGUUUGGUCUGGAUUCUGCCUGAGACUGCCAAUCGCAAACUCACUCAGAAUGAGAAUGAAGUCAUAGAGCCGAAAACCCGCAGUCAUACAAAUGAAAAUGGGAGCGUCAUAGAGGAGCCGAUCAUCUAACUGUGGCCAGCAAGAGAUGUCAAGAACACAAGCAGGUGGUGGGAAUUGACAGGAAAAUGUUCAGAAGUGUUCAUGAUUCCUCUCGUCUCUUGAGAUACCAGAAUUUAUUGCCUACAUUUGUUAAAUCAGUCAAAUAAAUAUAUUUCUUAUCUUAAUGAAAGUUUCCAAACUGUAUGAAAUGGAGAUUGAAAUAAAAGAUUAAUAAACUUUAAUGAUUAAGUAGCAUAAGUUCAGACAAAGCCUUCGGUUUCGUAUUAUACCCAAAUAAUCAUCAUAUACUUUGAAGCACAUGGAAAUGGUGUUGCUUUGACGUUAGCAAGUUACACUGUUUCCCAUAAAUAUAUUUUCUAGGUCGUUAAAUAGUUGCUACUUAAAGACUAUAACAACCACACGAGCCAAACAUAAUAAUUUGUUUUUACGUGUCACCUGAGCGCGCAGCACCAGAGUCUGACUCUUGGGGAGGCUAGGCGGGAUAGCUACCGGGGUUGCCAUGGCUAGACUUCCUCGCAUUGUAAAUUUAGAGGCAGGUGAACGAGUGAAAUCUCUUUUGGUGUUUUUUUUUAUUGCCUUUAAGACAUUUCCGGCAGGCGCCAGCAGUGCCACCAAGGAAGCUCAACAUUUGUACCUCCGGUGCCACCUGGACGCGCGCAUCACUGUUUGGCAAGUUUGUCAAUGUCCAAGGCUGCUCAUGUGAGCAUAACUUACUUUAUGAAUUAUUAUCCCAAUCUAA